AUGAAUGAAAAGUGUCGCCUUUGUCUUUGCGGUUUGCCAAAAGGUACAGGAAUAUCUAUUACGGACGAAGAAUUGCAGAAGGAAUUGGAGAAUAUCUUCUGUUUCGAUAUUGUGUAUGAAGAACAAUUACCAACACAUGUUUGCAAAACAUGCCGGAACUCUGUAUCGUACAUAUACUCCUACUCCCAGAAGAUUCUAGAAAAUCAGCAGCAAUUGCUAGACGUAGCAAACAAAACCUUCCUACAACCAGCACAACAAAUGAACAUUGAUGCUCUGUGCGAUACCGUUUUGUCGGAGGAGGAAACACUGUCGAAGGAAAAAUUUUGGCAAAAACAAGUUACGUUUAAUGUCGUUCAACCUACUAAUUUGAUCAGUGCAAAGAACGGAGGAAGGCGAAUCCUUGAAAGUAGCGAUGAACAUAUCCUUGUGAAAGACGAAAAUCAGCAGGAUGAACCACAGCAGCGCAGGAAGGUUACGGUUGAAAAAAACGUCAGUGGAAAUGCAAAAAAAUCACGUGCAAAACAAUGUGACUACGAAAAGAUUAUACAGGACUUUUUUAAACUUGAAUGUGAGAUCUGUUCAGCGUCACUAGACAGUUUUAGAUCAGUACAGGACCACUACCGUGAAGAGCACAAUACAAAUGGGUAUGUACGUUGCUGCGAUAAACAGUACUUCAUUCGGUCUUACUUGGUAGAUCACAUCGGAGCUCAUCUGGGUUCAAUCCGGUGUGAGAUUUGCCAAAAGAGUUACAAAACCAAACGGUACCUUCAGCAGCAUAUGAGCGAAAAUCACAGCCACGCGGAGGAUAAACCUUUUAAAUGCACCCAGUGUCGUAUGACGUACUCAAAGGAGCAUCUACUACGAGCACACAUGCAGAUGCACGUGAAACAACAAUGCAAAGUUUGCCAAAAGGUGUUGUCUAACCGUAAUUCACUCAAAGUACAUAUAGCUCAAGUUCACAGCGGCGAUGGAAUUCAGAUUUGCGCCACGUGUGGUAAAAUGUUUCGAACAAAACAGGCCAUGGAUCGGCACGUAAAGUUGUAUCACCAACCCCAGCUGGUUAAUUGGGAGCAGUGUGGACAGUGUGACAAGUGGUUUGACUGUAAUCAAAACCUGAGGAAACACAUCAGACUGAUACACGACCAAAGGGGGUCUUUUCCAUGCGAUAAAUGUACUCACCAGAGCAUUACCCGGAGGGCACUGUCUCAUCACAAAAACCGAAUACACAAACAGAAGCAGCCGUUUGAGUGUGAACAAUGUGGAAAAAAGCUCAAUUCGAAGUUUAGCCUGCGUGAACACUUGGCAACACAUUCAAAUGUUCCGCUUUAUUCCUGUGACUUCUGCGAGAUCACGUUCAAUUCGAAUGCUAAUAAAUAUAAGCAUUACAAGAACAAACACUUGAAAGAAUGGGAAGAUCUGAAACAACAAAAACUAAUGCAAAAAAUGGCCACCGGUAUCGUUAGCACAUAA